AUGGCUGGGCAAUUCUCCUUCUCCUUUUCCGGCGACGACAUAGACGAUGAGGGCCAAGCUGGACCUGGACCUGGGCCUGGACCAAGCCACGGCAACGAGGCCUCAGCACUCGCCUCAUCCUCAGCUAGCGCAUUCCCAGUGGCUGGAAAACCGGUACUCCCGGCAACCCGUCAUGAUCUGAGCGACAUGUUGUCCAAGCUUCCCUCCAAGAUUGCCUACAGCACACUGGAUGUCGAUCUUGACGGCAAUGGGAGCAUUCGGCUGCCGCGGCGCGAGCUCUGGGAUGUCCGAGUCCAGCUGAUGGCAGAGGAAGACGCGGGGGAGACAGAGCCUGGUUUAGGCAAGCACGAUGUCAAGACCGGAGUCUACGAGGGUGGCUUCAAGUCCUGGGAGAGCAGCGUGGAUUUGGUCAAAGUCCUGCACUCGUCCAAUCCGUUUUUCGCUGACGCGGCAAGAGUUCCGAGAAUCAUCGAGCUAGGUUGCGGCACGGCUCUUCCUUCAUUGGCUCUAUUUCACUGGGCCCUCAGCGUAAGGACGGCGAAGUAUCCCCCCAUCUCUAUAGUCCUGGCCGACUAUAAUCCGACUGUCCUACAGCUGGUGACACUGCCCAACUUCAUCCUGACCUGGGCCCUCCACCAACGAACGCAAUUCGCGUUCUUGAACGAGGCAUUCUCGACAGAAGGCGAGCUCGAAUUGACGCCCGAGGUCCUGACAGCAUUUCAGACCUACCUCUUGGGUGCAAAUUUCUCGCUCCUUUUCUUCUCCGGCGGGUGGUCUGCGGAAUUUGUCGACCUUGUCACCUCAGCCGAUAUUCCUGCUGCCGAAACUGACUUAAAACAAGUCACGAUCAUAAUAGGCGCUGAGACCAUCUAUUCUCCAUUUGCGCUGGGUGCAUUCACGCAAACCAUCUUCUCCUUGAUGGAACAUGACAAGGCCAAGGGUCAUGAAGCCGAAGCCCUGGUGGGCGCAAAGAAACUCUACUUCGGUGUCGGCGGCUCCCUGGAUGACUUCGUUGUUCAGGCAAGAGAUCGAGGCGCCAUUGUCGAGCAGGUGCGGGAGGAGAUGGAAGGAGUCCGACGCGGUGUAGUCCGCUGCAGUCUGCCAACAUGA